CUACAGUAUGCUGGAACAUAUUGGGACGAAACCCAGUACGCCCCUAUGGAGCCAGUCCGUGACUCGGACCACAACAUGGGGUUACCAACAGCGCAUGGACUGCAUGAUACACGGAUGCAACUACUCGACGCAGCCCCGGGUGAUCAAAUUAACUAUGGUCCGGGAACAUCUUUUCUUGGACUCCCCACCUCUGAGCUGCAAAAUGCGCACGGAACAGACAGUGUGGCGCUCAUGACUCAUCAUGAGACUUCAAGCCUCAACAUGAGUGGCAGCUAUAGCGCAACAGAGCUAACAAUGCCUCAGUCGGACGGCACGCAGCUUAUCCUCCACGGGACUCCUGAACGAGCUACAUCCGAUGUACAGUGCAUUCCCGCAGCAUACUCUUCGGAGUGGUUGGACCAGCCAAUGGUGAGGAUGUAUCAACUUUCGGACGAUCCAAGCGCAUCAGGACUGCCAAUACAAACACUGCAAUAUUCGCAAGUCUAUCCUCAGCUUCGGCAAUCGGACUUCGAAAUUCAGGCUAUCCAACCUGUCCACCCAGUGCAAAUCACCCACUCUUCCGGGCAACAACUUCCGGAUUAUCCUGUUCUGGAGGGGCCGCCUUCAAUGAGAGUUACGUACACAAACAUUGAACCUUUCAGAAGCGUAGCUGAUACACCAGAAAAUUUGUAUAUUUUUGGAGGGGAAUCGAUUGGUCCCCAUUCCACAUUUGGUAGGUCUGUUACUGCGAGCCACCCACUGUCAAGUUUCGAUGAGCAAGCACUGACCAUAUCCAACAGUACUGGCGUCACAACCAGUCUUUCUGUCCCGGAAGACGAAGAAACAGAGGUCCAAACGGCUACCGAAGCGCUGCUUCACGCUGCCAAUAACUGCAUAUCAAAUGAAUUGCCAAUCGGCCCACACUUUGAUUUGUCUGUUGGUGAAGAUUUGGAUCUAGGUGACUCGGCACAUUUUGAAACCCAGUUGUGUGCGAAGUACCCAGAUGUGUCGACGAACCCAACUUUUGAUAGCACCAGUAUUGGUGGUCAAGGUAUACAACUUAAGAGGGAAACCUGUUGUGGGGUCAACCCCACUUGCGAUUCAGGAAGUACAACUGUGAAUAUACCCAGUUUUUUCAAACCCCAGCUUCGAUUUUAUGAUCUCUAGACCUAAGGGUAGGUGAAGACACAUACAACUGAAUUUUGCUGUCCGGUAAACACAGUCCAGACCCUUUGCCGAUUAUCAAAUUCUCAUUUGUUUCAAAACAAUUGCAUGUAAUUUUUAACAGCGCUUUCACUCUGAAUUCAUUUCCAGCUGGACCUUGCAUGCACACAUACCCAGUUUUAGGUAUCUUUGAUCUAUUGGUUACAUCGUUUGUUUUAUUUAUUUUUAUACUUGUUACCAGUCUGAAGAAGCAAAGUGAUUUUAUCUAUCUUCA